AGCUUGCACAACAGGAAGCCAUAGCUAUUGCUGCUCGAACAAUUCUGCACGAGCCCCAAUCGAAGCUCGAUAGUAGUACGCCGCCGCGAUGGUUCACUUGGGCAGAGUCGCGACCGAUAAAGAUCUGGCGGAUAAGCUGGUUCCAGGUCUCGAGGACUUGGAUCUCUCUUACAUUCCUGAGGAGGAUGAAUUCACUGCCAGCGUCUACGGCUCCAAGUACGCCGCGGCAGAUCUGCCUCGACAUGAGAUGCCAGAGAAUGAGAUGCCGCGAGAGGUGGCUUACCGCAUGAUCAAGGACGAUCUGACAUUGGACGGUGUUCCAACUUUGAACUUGGCCUCAUUCGUGACCACCUAUAUGGAAAACGAAGCCGAGAAGCUCAUGGUCGAGGCUUUCAGCAAGAACUUCAUCGAUUAUGAAGAGUAUCCAGUCUCAGCCGACAUCCAAAACCGCUGCGUCUCAAUGAUCGCUCGUCUCUUCAAUGUCCCAACUCACGACGAGAACACCAAUGCCAUGGGUACCAGCACCAUCGGCUCUUCGGAAGCCAUCAUGCUGGGGACCUUGGCUAUGAAGAAGCGUUGGCAGAACAAGCGAAAGGCCGAGGGUAAAGAUUACUCGAGACCGAAUAUUGUCAUGAACUCUGCCGUGCAGGUCUGUUGGGAGAAGGCCGCGAGGUAUUUCGAUGUCGAAGAGAAGUACGUCUACUGCACCAACGACCGCUUCACUAUCGAUCCUGAAGAGGCGGUGAACCUUGUUGACGAGAAUACCAUCGGUAUUUGUUCCAUUCUGGGCACCACGUACACGGGUGAGUACGAGGACACCAAGAAGAUCAACGACCUUUUGAUCGAGCGAAACAUUGACUGUCCAAUCCACGUCGAUGCCGCUUCUGGUGGAUUCGUUGCUCCAUUCGUCAACCCCAACUUGGUCUGGGACUUCAGACUUGAGAAGGUCGUCUCCAUCAAUGUCUCUGGACACAAGUACGGACUCGUGUACCCGGGUGUUGGAUGGGUGGUCUGGAGAGACCCAGAGUUCCUGCCAAAGGAACUCAUCUUCAACAUCAAUUACCUGGGCGCCGACCAAGCCUCUUUUACCCUGAAUUUCUCCCGAGGAGCAUCUCAAGUGAUCGGACAGUACUACCAGCUGAUCCGUCUCGGAAAGAAGGGGUACCGCAGCAUCAUGUUCAACUUGACGCGGACGGCGGACUACCUUUCUGCUGCAGUGCAGAAGAUGGGAUUCAUCCUGAUGUCGCAGACCAAGGGUAGAGGUCUACCACUCGUGGCAUUCCGCCUCAAUCCAGAACAUGGCCACAUGUUCGACGAGUUCGCCAUUGCUCAUCAGCUCCGAGAACGUGGCUGGGUGGUUCCAGCGUACACCAUGGCUCCACACGCCGAGAAGCUGAAGAUGAUGCGUGUCGUGGUUCGCGAAGACUUCUCCAGAUCGAGAUGUGAUGCUCUAGUCAAGGACAUCGCUCUGGCUCUGCACGAGCUCAAGAGUCUCGAUGAGAAGUCAUUGCAACAGCAGAAGGAGCACAUGAAAAUGCAGCAGGUUGCCAAGCAUUGGCGGAAGAAGAUCAACAACCACUAUGCCGAUGAGGAUCACUCGCUCAAGGGCAAGCAUGGCAAGACGCAUGGCCUAGCGAUUUAG